AUGGACCCCCGCCGCUUUCGCACCCUUCUUGCUGCGGCCCUUUGCGCUGGUGGGCUUUGCUUCUCGCUGCCGCGGCGCUCGAUCGCCGCCGCGUCCAUCGCGGCGUCGGUCGCGGGCCCGGCGCGCUGGGCGCGGGCGCUCGCGCCGGGGGCGAAGGAAGCGGCGCUGCCGGCGAAGCUAGAGCGCUUCUUUGGCCUCGUGCCUGUCUAUGCAGUCACGGACCCCGGGGGCGCGCCGGUGCUGGAGAAGUCUCCGCAGGGGCCCAUUGGCCGCUUCUUCCUGGACGACGCGGCAGCCUCUGAGGCGCUGAGGCGCCUGAAGAGCGAUGGAGAGGGGAAGCUGGAAGUGAGAAGGCUUUCCCUCUCAGAAGUCUUCGUGCCGCUGAUACUCACUGGCGAUCCCAAGGAGCUGGGCGGCCGCUUCUUCCUGGUGCCCAUCGCUUCGGAGGCCGCCGCGGCGGCGCGGCGGCUCCAGGUGGAGGAGCAGACGCUGCUCGCCGAGGUGCCUCUCUUCCUGUGCCCCGCGCUGGAGGUGGAGCGGGAGGCGGAGGUGAGGGUUCCGACCUUCCUGCAGGAGAAGGAUCUACUGGAGGCCAUGCGACGGGCACGCGUGGAGGACGGAGAAGUGGUGGUCACCACUUUGCAGCGGGUGGCAGCGGACCUGUCCCAGAACUCCGAGUCAGCAGCGGGGCAGCUGCUGGCGGUGUCUGACCUCAAUGAGAUCGGCCUGGGCAGGUUCUUCUUCGCCUUCAUCUUGCUGGGUGUCUGCCUCUUCUGGAAAUCUGCGAUGUUUGCGGACCCGCAGAGCGCCGCUGAAAUGCUCUUCUCACUGAUGAACGGGGACUCCAUCCACGACGCUUUCAAGGAAGUCCGGUCGGUGGGCGGAAUCCUGCUGCAGGCCUACUUGUACCUCUUCGUGUUUCUGGCCAUUUACGUGCCCUGGCCGAAGCGCGACGGGCCUGGUUCGCGGCGGUAG